AUGUUCCACUUCAGCGCCCAAGAGUCUCCCUUACACGCUGUCACCGGAGACUGGACUCUAUAUCCCGGCUGCCUCUCCCCCCACGGAGCGAGCAUAAUGAAGUAUGAAGACGAGGACUCCCUUCCGGAUCUUACAACGCCCUCUCCACGGGAAUAUGUUGAUACGAACGAUGGUUUCGUAAGCUGCCCUAUCACACGAAACACGAUCAUCGCCGGCGACGGGGAAAUCCCAACGGUGGCUGUUGAGUGUAUUGGCGAAAUUUCCGGACAUAGGCUUGCAUCCAAGGCGAUCUUCGAAGUCAUCUACAAUGGGGCAACAUGCAUUGCCAGAUGCUGGGGACUGGACGGAUUCGAUAAGUACGCGAUCGAAUCAAGAAUGUACGAGACUAUCGAGCGGCGAAAGAAUAAUGGGGUUGACGUGCCAGACUGCUUCGCAAGGUGUUUUUUCACCGGUCAAAUUAUGUGCUCGAGUAUUUUCCCGGAGGGAUAUAUGAUCGUCUUGGAGAAGAGGGAUGGCGAGGUGGUCAGUGAUAUCUUUGAGGAGUUGAGCUAUGAAGAGCAGAUGGUCCUUCUUCAGGGAGCUCAGGAGGCUAUUUUGGUGCUUGACGAGUGUGAUAUCGAGGUUACUAGCCCGGGUCUUUUUGAGGAUAUGCUGUUUUGUCGACAGACGGGACUGACAACCCUGCUUGAUUUUGCUUCGUUGUGUGAGACAGGGGAUGGGGACCUCAUGGAUGAAAGCGAGGACUCGGAUGAGAAUGAGUCCGAUAGGUCGGCUACUUCGGAUCAAUUUGCUAUUAGCGAUGAAGAUUAUGAAGCUUCUUCGGAGGAUACUGUUUGA